UGAUUCAAAGAAGAACUUCAGAAGCCAUAUCUAUAUUAAGUUUUAAAAACUUAAUACAGUAUUUUCAACACUGAGCACUCAAUAUGAAUUGAGAAAUCAAAAGAACAUGGAGGAAGCAUUUGAUGUACCUCCAAUGGAUCUCAAGGCUUCUGCCGAACAGGAGGUUCGAAAGCUUCAGGACAUGGUGAAAAGAUUGGAAAAACAGAAUGAACUACUUCGAAAUAGCUCCAGUCAAAACGGGACAGCCAUAAUCACAUUACCAAAGAGAGACAGCGUAGAAUUAGAGGAAGUUGCACUUAUAAAUUUGAAUGAUUCCUCCGAUGACUUGGAGGACAGCUGGUUGUAUGAAUCACCUGUAAGACCAGCAACUCCCGCACAAAAGUCAAUCCCUUCCUUGAAGUGGACUAAAACAUCAAGUGUUAGUGGAUUAGAUGAUGUCAGAGGCAACUUAAUUGAUAAACUGGAUGACAUUGAGACACAACAAGAAAUAUCCAAGGUUAGAGUUACACAGAGUCAACAUGAUAGAGUUAUGUCAACAAAUGCACCAAAGAAUUCAUUAUUUUUCCAACCAACUGCUAAGACUCCAAAAAAAAUAACAGCUGAUGACUAUAUGCAUGAUAAUAGUCAACUUGAUAGCAGUGCAUAUGGUAGUAUGGAUGAAAUGGAUGAUAUUCCAACAGGUCCUAUUUUACGACGUUCAGCACUUGGUAAUAAGGACAAUUCUAGUACUAAUCCUCAAGACAACACAAGUAUGUCCCUGUCAGAGGAUUUAGAUGAUGAACCACAAGGUCCAAUAUUACGACGUUCUGGACUUGGUAGUGCAGCCAAACCAACUCCAAAUUUAUCCCAGUCAGAAAAUAUUGACGAUGAGCCGAAAGGCCCAAUCUUGCGAAGAUCAGCUCUUAGUAAAAACAGCCCGCCUAAAAGUGAACCAUCAAAUAUCUCUCAGUCUGACGAUAUGAAUGAUGAAACGCAAGGUCCUAUUCUAAGAAGAUCGGCCGUUCGAAAAGAGAGCCCGAAAAAUGAUGAAUUACAACUACCUAAGAAUGUGUCUCAGUCGGAUAUCUUAAAUGAUGUACCGCAAGGCCCUAUUCUACAACGAUCAGCUGUACCUAAAAAUACGAAAACAUCUCCUCAAUUAAAUGAAUUAUCAGAAAGACAAGGAGUGAACACAUCACCAGGCUUACGUUUACAACCUCGGGCUCGUAGAAAACAGCUCACAGAUGAUGACAUGACAGCCGGUACUCUGGAUACGAGCUCCCAAAGCAGUCAAGAUGAUUAUGAUGCAGAUGAUAUAAACGAUAAAAGUCCAAUUGUGAAACGUUCAGCACUUGCUUUGCCUAAACCAUCUUCCGAAGGUUUAUCAAAACAGCUGUGGUAUUCAGGACCAAUCAGUCAGAUGAACAAACAAAAAUCUAAAACUGACUCAACAGCAGCUCGCCGUUCAGUUUCACCAAGUCCCGACAGAAGAAACAAACUUCAACCAAGAACUCCAGCCGCUACAUCAGGAAUUACCUCACGAAGAUCAGCUGGAAGCCGGGGCAGCAUGGAAGAUCUUCUCGAUGACGCACCACCGGUCCAACGAAGGAGUUUACCCCAAGUUCCAACGGAUACUGUGGGUGUAAAAUCUCGCAGAUCAGACGAAGGAAUCGCAAACAGAACGCAGCUUAGACCAAAAGGUAAAGUUCAAAAUCUUCAACAACCACAAGGAAAUGUUGUUGCUCGACGCUCGAAACUAGCCACACCAUCAAACGGCAAGGGUGUGGUUGCAAGGCGGAAAGCAUCUUCGCCAAAUUCUAAUGACAGUAAUAUAGAUGAGAGUUGGAAGGAAGGAUGUUACUAAAGAUUGCGAUGGCAUAAUAAAGAGGGUGGAAAAUGAAGCCGCUGCUCCAUGGCCGCUUGUAUAAAUAAAUAAGAAUAAAUAAGCUAUUUAAAACUAACCAAAUGAUGGGUCACCGCUCACCAAAAUUAUUUACAACCAAACAGACUAUUCUUCUCAAUUGAUUUUAGUCUAAUUUGUCUUCAAAUGUCUCUGUUUACAAGCUAUGAAAUUUCUAGCAGUGAGUUUCGAAAAUGUGACGUUUUCUCACGUGUUGGAAGAUUUAUUUGGCCUUUUUAUAUAAGAAGUGACAGUUUUCCAAUCUUUACAAACUUCUGAACAGCCACGUUCGCGGAUGGUGUUCGAGUUUCCAUAUUCAAUAUUGUAAUUUUCAGCAAUUUACUGCAUGUUUCCGGGUUGGAACACAUCAUGUAACGUCUGUGUAUAUGUUAGCUCUGAGAGUGGCAUGAUCUGCGGUUAAACUUCAGGAAUACUUUUAGUGAAAUUAUACGGGGUAGUAAAACGUGAAUAUUGAAUUAUGUUUUCUUGUAAAACGUAAGUGUGAAAGAGUUGAUCAGUAAAGUACGAAGUUUGCGUCAAUCAUAUCUGCAAACACCUCUUGUGUUUGUUGCUUGUGAUUAAUCUUGUAAAGUGGAAAUAAGGAGUAAGAACAGG